CUGUCUCCCUUUUAAAUCGAGGGGGAUGGAAUUAGGGCUGUCAUCAGCGAUAAACAGGACGGUGUAGAAAGAGGAGAGGAGCUGAUGUCUUGUUCGUAAAAUAUAUAUAUAUUGUAUUUUCUUUUUAAACAACCUUAAUAGCACUUAAAAAUAUAUAUUUACAUAAACCCCCACCGACUUAAAAAAAAAAAAGCCUUAACAGGAACAAAGACAGCUUACCUCGUCUCCAUUUUUUCAAUAACAACAAUAACCAUGUACAGAUAUCUGGGCGAGCUUGUCUCCCGCGGAGCCGGUUCCGCUUUGGCCUCAGGUUGCGCUGAUUCCGCUCUGCCGGCCUCCGCGUCCCUGCUGCGGGUGCGCCACUACAGCGAGGCAGUCGGGGGCCAGAAGGAAGACGACCCCAACUUCUUCAAGAUGGUAGAAGGGUUUUUCGACCGCGGCGCUAGUAUUGUCGAGGACAAGCUCGUGGAGGACCUCAAAAAUAAAGAAACGGAGCAGCAGAAGCGCCACCGGGUCCGGGGAAUCCUCAAGAUUAUAAAGCCCUGCAACCACAUACUGAGCGUGUCAUUCCCUCUCAAGCGAGACAACGGGGAGUGGGAGGUGAUCGAGGGCUACCGAGCCCAGCACAGCCAGCACAGGACCCCGUGCAAAGGAGGUAUCCGUUACAGCGCGGAUGUGUGCGUGGAUGAGGUGAAAGCCCUGGCCUCCCUGAUGACCUAUAAGUGUGCCGUUGUUGAUGUACCGUUUGGAGGAGCCAAGGCAGGAGUGAAAAUCAACACAAGAAAUUACUCUGACACCGAAUUGGAAAAAAUCACAAGACGAUUCACACUUGAGCUUGCAAAGAAGGGCUUUAUUGGACCUGGCAUUGAUGUCCCUGCCCCUGACAUGAGCACCGGAGAGAGGGAGAUGUCCUGGAUCGCAGACACCUACGCCAACACCUUGGGGCACAACGAUAUCAACGCCCACGCCUGUGUGACUGGGAAGCCCAUCAGCCAGGGAGGGAUCCAUGGGAGGAUCUCGGCCACGGGCCGUGGCCUGUUCCACGGCAUCGAGAACUUCAUCAAUGAGGCUUCCUACAUGAGCAUGCUGGGCUUGAGCCCAGGGUUUGGGGACAAGACCUUCGUCAUUCAGGGGUUCGGUAACGUGGGUAUGCACUCCAUGCGCUACCUGCAUCGCUAUGGAGCGAAGUGUGUGGGUAUAGGGGAGGUGGACGGCUCCAUCUGGAAUCCCAAUGGCAUUGACCCCAAAGAGCUGGAGGAUUACAAGCUGCAACACGGCACGAUUGUGGGGUUCCCCAACUCCACCCCCUACGAGGGAAGCAUCCUGGAGGCGGACUGCAAUAUCCUGAUCCCUGCAGCCAGCGAGAAGCAGCUCACCAAGGCCAACGCACACAAGAUCAAGGCCAAGAUUGUCGCUGAAGGUGCUAAUGGGCCCACAACCCCUGAAGCAGACAAGAUCUUCUUGGAGAGGAACAUCAUGGUUAUUCCGGACCUGUACUUGAACGCUGGUGGUGUGACCGUGUCGUACUUUGAGUGGCUGAAGAAUCUGAACCAUGUGAGCUACGGCCGCUUGACCUUCAAAUACGAGAGAGACUCCAACUAUCACCUGCUCAUGUCUGUCCAGGAGAGUCUGGAGAGGAAGUUUGGGAAGGUUGGUGGGACUCUUCCAGUUGUACCUACAGAAGAGUUCCAGGCCAGGAUAGCUGGUGCUUCUGAGAAGGAUAUUGUCCACUCCGGCCUUGCCUACACCAUGGAACGGUCAGCCAGGCAAAUCAUGCGCACCGGCAUGAAGUACAACCUGGGACUGGAUCUGAGAACUGCUGCUUAUGUCAACGCCAUCGAGAAAGUCUUCAAAGUCUACAACGAGGCUGGGCUGACCUUCACAUAAAAGAACCGUCUGUUUGCUGCCCACUUCUCCGUCAGACCAAACCCAAUGCAGCCUUUAUAACAUAACAUAUCAAUCGUUUACAUAUUGUGUAUCGUAUACGGUCUGUACUUAUUUACGCUGAAUGUAACCACCAGAGAACUCUUGUGUUCCUAAAAAGUUAAUUAGAAGUAUAUAUAGUGAUAGUUAACUAGCCUUCUGAGCAUGCCCAAAGCUAAACUGCAAACUGUACCCCGCCUCAUUUAAGAAAAGUAGAUAUGCUCUGAUUUUGUAUUGUUGACCUGUUCUGUUUCUGCCUUUUUAAUUACUAUUCCUUCCAGUCUUUUUAUCAUUCUGUUUUUAGUCGGUAUCAAUGGCAAAACAUGAUGUGUACAAAAAGGGCUGAGCCACUGUUAAGAAACAAGCUUAGCUCUGCCAAAGCAGGUCAGUAAUAGUGCAGCUUAUAUGACUGCUGUUUGUUUUGUGUUUCGGCCUUUUUGCACAGCUUUACAAAUAAACAGCAGGUAGGACAGGAGCUUAAACAAUAAGCCCAGCUGAACCCCAGUACGAAUAGGAGAUUCAGAUUGAAUUAAUACCCAGUGGUGCUGUGAGCUUUGCGCUGCUGCAUAUCAACACUGUGGUGAAUUUGGACAUACUGUAUGGUAGUGAACAAUCUCUUUGCCAAAAAAUGUGUUAUUCUAGCAAGGUUUUCACAUAAUGCCAAUUUGUUUUUGUUUUGUGUGUGGUUUUUUGUUUAGUCUCUGGUUUCACAGCUAGUGUCCAAAUAGCAAUGCAACAUUCAUUUAGCCCGUAAUAAUGCCUGAAAAUUUUACAAAAAAACCAAAAUCUACAAAAAUGAAUCCCAAAGGUUAUCAUGUAAUUUCAAGAUCUUGAUUUGUUGCAGUGGAGCCCCCACACCCCCAUCAGUCUUAAUCACCAACCACUUUAGAACGACUUCUCAAUCUUCUCUAUAUUAGUAGCGCUUUUGCUGUCCUGUUUGGCUUUCCAUACAAAAAAAAGAGAGAGAGAGAGAAACAUGCAACAAAUAAAUAAAGGACUCAAUCGGGAGUUUUUUUUUUGUUUGUUUUGUUUUUAAAGCUGCCACGUGAGCCUUCACCUCAAAUCUGCCUUGGGACGAUUUGUACUGCCUUUUUCUCAAACUAAAAAUAAAAUUUAUAGAAGUUAA